GGAAGUGUUUAGACUCGACUGCAUGUGUGAGCUGUUUCAGGCCAGUGCGAGUGUCUUCAAUAAGAGCCGAGCGGCUUUCUGUCAGGAGAAAUUCAGAGAAAAUCAUUUGACUUAGUUGGCAGAAUGCUUCAAAGAAAACCAUCCAAUGUCUCUGACAAAUCAAGGAACAAACCCAAGCGCUCCAGCAGUUUUGGGAUUUUCGACAGACAGCAUCCCACUCAGGUCAAAGCAGAAGAGAAGGUAGAAAGUUUGCCUGUGGAAGCAGCUGAGGUGGAUCCCGGGAAAUCAGGAGGUCUUGGAAAGAAGAUGAAGAACAUCUCACUGACCAUGCGUAAAAAGAUGGGCAGGAAAUACACUAAAGCCCUGUCGGAGGAAAUGGGCGAGGAGAACGAAGCUGCGGCGGCCGAAGUCUUGGACGGCACGCUGGCCAAAGGCUGCAACCACUCCAGUAACUCCGUAGAGAGUUUGUUCAGCUUGCACAGCGGCCAGAGUUCAUCUAGUGGUGUGACCAGCGGCUCUGAGGGUUGCAGUAACAGGGACAGCCUGCGUUUCGAAGAAGACGUGCCCUACACGGGCCAGUUCUGUGGAAGAGCCAAGGUCCACACCGACUUUGUUCCUAGUCCAUAUGACACAGAGUCUCUCAAACUCAAGGUGGGAGAUAUGAUUGAUAUCAUCAGCAAACCUGCAAUGGGCAUCUGGACUGGGAUGUUAAACGGUAAAAUAGGAAACUUUAAGUUCAUCUACGUGGACAUGCUGGUGGAAGAAAGCACGCCAGAACCGAGGAUCCGCUCCCACCGGAGGAGCAGGAGACCUCGACCCAAAACUCUUCAGGAACUUCUGGAAAGACUCAAUUUGGAGGAGCACAUAUCGUCUUUGCUGUUGAAUGGGUAUCAGACGGUGGAAGAUCUUCGGGAUUUGAAGGAGCAGCAUCUCAUAGAGCUCAACGUGACUGACCCUGAACAUAGACACCGGCUGUUAUUAGCGGCAGAGUAUCUGCAGGACCCUGAAUAUAAUAAUCAGAGUCACGGAGAGAAAGACGAAGAGCCCGAAUCUACCUCUGAACAAGUCAAAGCUGAAAUCAACGACUGUCCCAGAGACUCGGGCUGUUACAUCGGAUCUGACUGUUCAGACAACAGUAAAGAGGACACGGAGACCCACCCGGCCCCCCUCAGCCCACCUGCAACACAAGCAUAACCACAGCCCUGCAUAAUGCUGUUUAUUUCGUCUUCGCCCUGCCUCUGGUUGGUGACUGUUACCCGCCGGCCGCACGCAACCUAUAUUACCCACAAUUUUUGACUGUGUGAAGGAGCUGUUGCAUUAAAAAUGUCUUCGACGACACGGAUUCUCACAUCAUGGACGCUGUGAGAAGCAGUUACAUGUAAAUACGCUGUAAAUAUGGUGAAAGUGGUGAAGCUUUGCUCUUGUAAACCGUUGAAACUUUGCCUUGCAAAUACUAGACAAAACAGAGAACUAUUGAGAUUACAAAUGCAUUAUUUUCAUGCAAUAAAAAUAUCUUUAUAUCGUGCUAA